UUUGUUAAGUCUCGGGGACCAACGCUGGGCGAACCAGCCCCGCUCCGCAGGGGUCUGCGCGGCUGGCCUCGUCCGCCCCCUAGCGGACCCGUGCGAUAGUGCAGCCUCUGCCCCAGAGCACAGCGCGGCAUCCAGACGCUGUCCGCGCGCUCAUCCUCGGCGGCGCUCCUCGCUCACCUCCUGUACCCAUCCAGCGACCAGCCAACUGCGGCGAGGGGAUUACAACCGAGGCUCCAGAGUCAGAGACCUCAGCCUAGCAUCACAUUAGGUGCUGCCGGCAGGCCAUCCCAACUCGGGCCGGGAGCGCACGCGUCACUGGGGCAGUCAGUCGCCGUUCAACUUUCCUGGGGGGAGUCAACUUUAGGUUCACCUGCGGACUCGGUGCAGUGGAAGCCGCUGAACAUCCCAAGGAACUGGCACGCUGGGGGCUCUGGGCUUGUGGCUGCUAGAGGAUUCCCGCUCAUUUGCAGUGGCUCAGAGGAGGGUGGACCCAGCAGAUCCGUCCGUGGAGUCUCCAGGAGGAGCCCCAGGCGCCCCUACACCCUCCGACACGCCGGAUCCGGCCCCGCCGCGCCAAGCCGUAAAGGGCUCGAAGGCCGGGGAGCACCGCGGCCGCCAGGGUCAUGGAGGGCGAGCUCGCAGCCAACUGGAGCACCGAGGCAGUCAACUCCAGCGCCGCGCCGCCGGAGGCCGAGGGCAACUGCACCGCCGGACCCCCGCGGCGCAACGAGGCCCUGGCGCGCGUGGAGGUGGCGGUGCUCUGUCUCAUCCUGUUUCUGGCGCUGAGCGGGAAUGCGUGUGUGCUGCUGGCGCUGCGCACCACGCGCCACAAGCACUCGCGCCUCUUCUUCUUCAUGAAGCACCUGAGCAUCGCCGACCUGGUGGUGGCAGUCUUCCAGGUGCUGCCGCAGUUGCUGUGGGACAUCACCUUCCGCUUCUAUGGGCCCGACCUGCUGUGCCGCCUGGUCAAGUACUUGCAGGUGGUGGGCAUGUUCGCCUCCACCUACCUGCUGCUACUCAUGUCCCUGGACCGCUGCCUGGCCAUCUGCCAGCCGCUGCGCUCGCUGCGCCGCCGCACGGACCGCCUGGCAGUGCUCGCCACGUGGCUCGGCUGCCUGGUGGCCAGCGCGCCGCAGGUGCACAUCUUCUCUCUGCGCGAGGUGGCUGACGGCGUCUUCGACUGCUGGGCCGUCUUCAUCCAGCCCUGGGGACCCAAGGCCUACAUCACGUGGAUCACGCUAGCUGUCUACAUCGUGCCAGUCAUCGUGCUCGCUGCCUGCUAUGGCCUUAUCAGCUUCAAGAUCUGGCAGAAUUUGCGGCUCAAGACCGCUGCAGCUGCAGCGGCAGAGGCACCAGACGGCGCAGCGGCUGGCGAUGGGGGGCGCAUGGCCCUGGCACGUGUCAGCAGCGUCAAGCUCAUCUCCAAGGCCAAGAUCCGCACGGUCAAGAUGACUUUCAUCAUCGUGCUGGCCUUCAUCGUGUGCUGGACGCCUUUCUUCUUCGUGCAGAUGUGGAGCGUCUGGGAUGCCAACGCGCCCAAGGAAGCCUCGGCCUUCAUCAUCGUCAUGCUCCUGGCCAGCCUCAACAGCUGCUGCAACCCCUGGAUCUACAUGCUGUUCACGGGUCACCUCUUCCACGAACUCGUGCAGCGCUUCCUGUGCUGCUCCGCCAGCUACCUAAAGGGCAACCGCCUAGGAGAGACAAGUACCAGCAAAAAGAGCAACUCGUCUUCCUUUGUCCUGAGCCAUCGCAGCUCCAGCCAGAGGAGCUGCUCCCAACCAUCCACGGCGUGACCUACCAGCCAGGGCCAGGGCUGCCUCCUGAGGUUCGGGCUGUGCUGGCAUAAGUGGUCUGCCCCUAGGUGAUGGCGUAUGUUUGUGUGUAAGGUAUACCUAUCAGUUUGUAUCCCUCCACUCCUUGGGGUGGCUUCAGUGGGGUAGAGAGUGGUCUCCAUGAUGGGAGAUGAUAGGGGACUCAGCCAUCAGGCAACCCCCUCACCUCCUACACGUACUUCUGCCACCCUGAACCCACUGCUACCCUGGGCAGUGGGUGGCUUAUUUUUUCUCCUGGACUUGCAAUUUCACGCCAAUAUUUUUUACUUCUUUAUUCUGGGCUAUUGUGAAAAGCAGGAAAUAUAGGAUUGGUGACCAAUUGAGUCAGGAAGUCCAGUGUUCUGGACUUGGGGUAAGGAGUGGGGUUGGGACUUCAGAUGGGGAGGGUGGUGUUAAGAUCCUCCUGACCUCAAAGUGUAUUUGCCUUUAAGCGAAAAAAUGCUGGGGUCCUUGGGGACCAACUUGUCAGAGGGUAGCACUAGAAGGGGAUUACCUUGUAAGACCAUCUGGCACAGCGGACCAAUUAGAACUUGGGUUAAAAAUGUUUAAGAAGCUAAUGUUUAAGAAGCGUUUGGGAAAGAAAAAGAAAUAAAUGCAUCCAGAUUGGAAAAGAAGAAGUAAAA